AUGUCGAAGAAGUUCAAUAUUCGCGAGUGGGUUCUUUCUGUAAAAUACUGGUCACUUCUAUUCAUUCCUCAUAUAUCAAUUUGGUUGAUAUUUCUUAUAUAUGCAUUAGUGGGUGCCAGUAUUAUUCAAGAAAUCGAAUCCGAUGAUUCACGAACGACUUCUUCAUCUACAACAACAGCAGCGACUACCAUCACAACACCACGAAGCUUCGACCGUGAACGAGAACGUCUCUUAUCAAAAAUCAUUGAUAAGAGGCAAACAACUGAUCUGCAACAAUAUGCGAAAUUUAUCAAUAAACACAUUCGAGAAUAUGAAGAAGAAAUCAAAAACACUUACAAAACAACUGUUACAACGCCAGCAUUGGCAACUACCGUCGAAGGAAAUCUACGUUGGACUUUCGCCGGCUCAUUAUAUUUCAUCGGAACAACAUUAACAACUAUUGGAACAAAUGAUUUCACACCGAUAACAACAAUAGGAAAAUUAUUUUUAAUCGUUUAUGCUGCGAUUGGUAUUCCAUUAACAUUGGUAUUCCUAUCUGACUUAAGUUUAUUAAUCACACGUUUAAUUAAAUAUUUAUCAUUAUUGUUACUACGUACAUAUUCAACGAAUUAUUUCCUUCAUAUUCGUCAGUGGUUGUUUUUUCGUUUCAUUGAAAAACAGUUGGAUAUUUCCAUUCCAAUUCCAGUCGAAGAAGAGAUUUUAUUUUCGCCUCGACCUGAUCAACCUGUACGAACAUUUGAUCAAUAUUUCAAUGAGAAUGCAUUCGAAACUAAUCGAAUGUCUCUAAAACAACGACGAUUAUCUGAACAUCAACACAUCAAACGUAUUCGAAAUGUUUAUAAUGUUCUUAUUGAAACAUUGAACGAUAUCAAUGAUGAUAUCGAUUUAACAAUGCCGCAGAUCAUCAUUACUCUCUCAAUUUAUGUUCUCAUUGGUGCUUGUUUAAUUCAAUCGAAUUCGUUUUUUGAUAGUCUUUAUAUAUGUUUUACAUCUGUGUAUACAAUUAAUUUAAGAAAUUAUUAUCGGAAUACGAUUAGUGAUCGAGAGACGAAAACGAGAUCGAUAUUUAUUCUCGCGAUUUAUUUAUUAUUUGGUUUGGCUAUUGUUUUCCUAUGUAUCAAGGCUGUACAAGUACGAAUACAGAAAAUAUUAGAGAAUAUUGGCAAGAAACUACUUCGAGAUCUUGUGGAAUUCCUUCGACAAAUGGGUUUUCAUGAACUGAGUACAGAUGAUAUCUUAGCUUCAACAGAUUUGACUUCUGGAUCAACGAGUGAAAUACAUCUUCCUCGACAACAACGGGUGACACGAGCAUUAUCAAAUACAACAGAAUCGCCAUCUGUCUCUGUCAUUCGACCAGUUGGCAUUGCUGAACCACUUCGUCGUUUAUCCAGUGGUCUUACCAUUCGAACUUACAAAACUUCUGACAGUGAUUUAAAUACAGAUAAAAGUGUACAAGUGAAUACCAUUAUUCGAUCGUGUGGACGUUGUGCUGGUUCCUCAUCUGCGCCUGUUGGAUCCAUGUUAUCAGUUAAGAAACAUGUCGCUAUUUCAAAUACACCAUCGUCACCCGGCGAAACGAGUUCCGGUUGUGAAGAUGAUGAUCUUUUGUCUCCAACAUCUUUAGCACCAUUGAACUUAGAUCGACUUCGUCAGCGACGUGCAACACUUGUAGCGAAAACAAUCAUCAAUCAAAUGGCUACGCAACCACCUUCAACAUCUAUCGAUGAACCAAUCCCACCUUUAACAUUGUUAACUGCUCAACGUCAUCGACCUAUUGAUCCUCCACCACCACCGAUUUCUUUUAAAUCUGCUGUUAAACAAUCACCAACUGUUACACCUGAAUCACCACGCAAACGAGGUGUUAGUCAAGAGGAAUUUCUGGAAAUCUCUAAGCAAAUAUCUUCGUUAUUAACACCUAGCGAUGACGAAAAUUAG